ACAUCAAUCGAUCCAUCGAUAAAUACGGGUUAUCUCAUCGCUAAAAAAAAAAGAGUCUUGGAUUGCAUCCUAGUUUUAGACCCUGUUGUUCAUCUUACGGACUCAUACUGCAGAAUUGCUACAUCAUGUUUUCGGCUACAGCCAACGGCGCUGAAAAUGUGUCGCCUACUUUAUCGACAACCCGUGGUCGACGGCGUCAACGACCGGUGAGCUCAGAUAACUCGGUGCAGCAACCGAAAGCGAAGCGACAGAGACUACCCUUGACCGACCAAACCCUUGCGAAUUCUACUGCCACUCCUGAGACGUACGAAGUCAAGUCCGCGAGGCCUUCGAUUGUAGAUGUGAAGCAAGAUGGAAUUGAGGAAUCGCCUACGCCUAAGCAGGAACUCAGUCUUCGAUCGAAGAAAGUUCGACCAGGCGAACGUCUUAACAAGGGGGACGGUAGUACGCUUUUGUCAACGAAUAUCGCGUUUGAUGUUCGAAAGCUCCCGGCCUUACCUGACCGAUUAAAAUUAGACACUGGUAGUCGUCAACAUGGUUCCGUCGACAGCUCCACAGGAUAUGCCCUCAGCCUUUCUCAUACGCAUGCCAUCGUAUGGCCAUAUGCGGCGCCUGCCCAGUCUCCUGAAUCAUUUACCUUUGCGUUGCCGUAUCCCUCCAAAUCCUCAAGCGACCUUUUACCCCUGGGCGCGCUUGUCCCCCCGUCUGCAUCCUCUUCUGAACCGGGUUUGGUGGUAGUAAUGCCUACUAACGGCAAGGUAACCUACUGGGAAUCGAUAUCAAGCGCGACGACACUGGAUUUUAUGCGCCAACAACAAAAUGGCGUUGAAGGCUCUAUCACCGGAAUGUUUUCCGGGGAGUCCGUCAUUCAGAUAACUAAUGCCGAAUCCGCGGCCGGUUUUGUCAUUGCAUUCAGUAGUGGGCGCCUAGCAUAUUUGAGCGUCCGAGACACGCAUGGCCGCCCGAAAAUUUCGACUCAGUUCUUGCGUACUAACCUUGGUCCUACUAGUAGCGGGUUCUUUGGAAGUCUUCGACAUGUGCUUUCACAGACUGCUUCCCAGGGAGAUAUUGCUGCCGUACGAUCCGAAAGGUCUUCUAAGCAAGGCGAAUGCACUGUCGUUGCUGUUACGUCAAAAGGGCGCCUGCAUUCUUGGAGGGUGCACAGGGGAGGGCAUCAUGACCUUCUUGUUGAGGUCGAUGCUCGCAACAUCAUUCUUGGGGCUCUCCAGCAGAUGGACAGCAUAAGCGCCAAGUUACCUGCCGAGUCACUAAAAAUCCUCGACUUUUGUUUCGUACCCAAGGGCCUAGAGCGAAAAUAUAGCGAUAUGAGUCAACUUCGCAAACCCUCCGAGUUUGAAGACCAGCAACAUCUAUUACUGCUUGCUUCGUUAUCCAACAAACAGGGAUGGCGAUAUACACUCGUUGAAGUUAUAUUACACUCUGCGCUUUCUGACGAAAGCCCUGUUGAGGUUGACAUGGUUCGACCGAUAUCUGCUUACUCUACCGCGCCGGAUCCCCAAGCUCUUGCUAAACCUCGACUUUAUCUUCCUCGACCCAAUAUCAUUGCUUUCCUUGUUUUCGAUCACGCUGCUGUCAUAGCCUCAAUUGCCCAGCCACCAGACUCCCCCGAUUCGCAAAUCCUCGAGGACAACCAUAUCAUACCCGCGUCUUUUGAAGAUGUCGUUGAUCUACGUACGGACCCUACACUCGAGAUUGUUGGUUCUGGAAUCGAAGAACCCAAGACUCCAGGUUUUAGUAUGGCGGAGGGCAGAGUACCUCGUAUUAAGCCCAAGAAUCCCGCCGCUGUACUACUGGUUCGAGGUGCCGGGACUCUCCGUAUCGCAUUAACAGAUGUUGAACGGUUUGCAAGUGAGAAACCCCCGGAAGUUACAGCCAAAGCAAAACUUGAGCAAGCCGUGUUUUUCGGUGUCAAGGAGGAUAACCCCCUCGUAUUCGAUAGACAACAUGGUCUCCGUUUCACUGAUGAAGAAUAUGGUGCUGCUGCUUUGGAGCUGAGCCGAGAAAUUCUCACAUCUGCUGGCAAACACUUCUCGACCUUAGCCGCACGUGUCGAUACUAAUAUUAAAGAGCGUGUGCAGUACCUGGAGAAGAUAAUGACUCAGAUCGCAAGCUUAAAAGUGAACCUGGACCGCGUUACCAAAUGGCAGUUGCUUUGGAAUGCAGAAAAACUUCACGUUGCUAACGUCAUCUGGCACAAGCACGAGGAGUUCACUAACCUGCGCCCUAUAGCUUCUAAAAAGAGUAUCGUUGCGGAAAUUGUCGAGUAUAUCCGAUCCGAGGAGAAGUCUGAACCAAAUCCCGCGAAAGGGGAAGUCGAUGAGUUACGUCACUGGUUCAUCCGCGACGUUGAUCGCAUGCAGAUCUUCAUCGCCUGGGCUUACGAAGUUAUAAAACAUAACUCCAAGGCUAACCUGGACCACGCGUCUCUAACGCGACUGAUAUACGAGGCCGCAGAAAUUUACAAUAGCGCGAUACGGGAUGCCUUCACGUUCCGUAUGAGGAACCUUCAACUCUAUGGUCUAGGUGGCGAGAAAAUGGAGCAUGGGAUUUUAGCAAGCGAUUAUACUGGACUCCCGACCCCUUGGACCUGUCAUCCCUUCAUUGCCAACAAUGUGAAGAGGCAAGUAGAACUGUCUACCGAGUGGGUCAAGCAACAUUGGUCAGUAGAUCCUGAAGGACAAAGUGCCCUGGUCCAGAAGACUAGAGAGCUUUUGCCACAAAUGACCGAGGUCUACUUGACCGUCGUUCAGGAAUUAUCUCGAUCAUACCUUGCUAGUGAAGACCCGAAGAAAGCUGCGGACGGUCAGAAGUACGCGAGCAUCUAUGCGCAAGACCGUCAUGACAAAGUUGUCCUUCUUGCCCAAACUGAAAACUGGGAAGCUGGUAUAAAGAUUGCUGAAAACCACGAGUCUCUUCCUGCCCUCGCAGAGAUUCUUACUCGCGAAAUUGACGGGCUCCGACGCCAACUUGAGACACCUGGCCUAUCCCCCGAACGCAUCGAAAGUCUAGAGGCAAAGGCGACUGCGAAAGAAGAGCAAGUGCGAGAGUACUUCAUCACAUACGGCAAAGACUUUGCCUUCCCAUUUUACGAAUACCUAUUCAAUACAUUCGGAGUCGAUGCUCUGCUCGAGUACGAUGGAGAUAAGAAGUUCAAGACGAUGUAUCUUCGGACUAAACCAGAACUUGCUAAAGUUUCGUGGAUUAACGACAUUAUCGGCGAAGAGGACAUUGACCACGCUGCUGACACGCUUCUCAACCUCGGCUUGGCACGUGAGCAGCAGGUCUGGAACAAGAAGAUCGAGUUGAGUCUAGGCAAGCUAGCGAGGAUGGCUGAAGCAUCCCGGCCGUCCAGCAAAGCAUCCAUGAGCAUACAGGAUGCCAAUGUCAACGGAACAGCCGAGGAUGCGCAAGUGGACGCCAUUGAUAAGGAACUCGCUAUCAUUGCUGUUCAGGAUGACCUAUAUAACACUCAGAUUCGUCCGGUGAUCAGUGUGGCGCUCGAGGGAGAGGAGUUAAGCGUCGUGCAAGAAACAUUCGCGCUCAAGAUACCCAAGAAGUAUAAAAUACUUUCGCAGAUAUUUGACGACGCGUUACGACAACUAUUGAACCACGAGGCUCUAGACCCACUCACGCUCAUUGAUCUACUUACUUUGAUCACUCUACCACCAGAGACACGGGAGCACAUGCCCGACCAGUUUUUCGCGGCUCUUAGUGUAGCCUAUAACAGUCUCAAUGGUGCAGAGCGUGUGCAAGCAGAGCGGCUCAUAUGGCGGCGAUGUUUCCUCAGAGAAGAUUGGACGCAACUCAAUAACACCACACUCAAGAACGACGAUGAUAUCGUAGAGGUCCUUGGCCAGACCGACCUUUUCCAGUUUUACUGCACGCUCUAUGCCAAUCAGCAAAGCGGUGCUGAUAAAAAUGAUUACCGGCGGCUAUCCCCAUCGGAGGUUGCUGGGGUAUAUACCGAAACCCUUGACCGACGAUUUGAGAAAAUGGAGAAAAGUUACCGCGAGAAGGUACUGGAGGCAAUGAGGUGGGAGGACAACAACCUGCUCAAGCAUAUUGAAAAGCACAGGCUGGAGCAAUGGGCCAAGGAAACCCGGAAAUACGCCGAGGAGGCUGUCAACCAGCAGUAUGACGAAACAACCGCAGCAGGAGCGGCGUUGAGCUCGCCUAGGUCGGGGUCUGGACGAAAGCAAAUUAAGGGAUUUGAUAGUAUGAAUGGCAAGAACGGCACACACUAGAGAUGUUGGGCAUCAAGACCACAAGUCCGAUAAGGACGUUUAAUGCACAGGAGCGUCGGAGUUAUUUGAAUAUUUCAUUUCUUGUACCAUACUGCAUACUGCUCGUUUGUUUUUAUAUAAUUGCCGUGAGGCACGGGCAAAGGGAAAAAAAGUUGACGAGAACAAAGGGGGGCAUCUUCCACAGUUGAGCUUCCACCACGCAAGAACACGAUACCAAGGCUCUCAUGUAGCGAAUACAGGGUAGCUUCGCUGACUCUCGCUU